CUCUUCAACGAGGCGGCCGAGCGGCAGACACCAAUAUGCAGAUCUUCGUGAAGACCCGGAUGGGUAAGACCAUCACUCUUGAGGUCGAGCCCAGUGACACCAUCGAGAAUGUCAAGGCCAAGAUCCAAGACAAGGAAGGCAUCCCCCCUGACCAGCAGAGACUGAUCUUUGCUGGCAAACAGCUGGAGGAUGGCUGCACCCUGUCCGACUACAACAUCCAGAAAGAGUCCACCUUGCACCUGGUGCUGCGUCUUCGCGGUGGCAUCUUCGAGCCGUCCCUUCGUCAGCUUGCCCAGAAGUACAACUGUGACAAGAUGAUCUGCCGCAAGUGCUACGCACGCCUGCACCCCCGUGCAGUCAACUGCCGCAAGAAGAAGUGCGGCCACACCAACAACCUGCGCCCCAAGAAGAAGGUCAAAUAGAGCUGGGCCAUACCUGGCCUGUGACCCCGGGACCAAAUAAAGUCCCCUUCCAUCGAC